UGCAUGCAGGAGCUAGUUCCCCGACCAGGGAUCAAACCCAGGCCCCCUGCAUUGGGAGCACAGAGGCUUACCCACUGGACCACUAGGGAAGUCCCUGUAAGUGGUGUUUAAAACACUGUAUGUCGUGCACGGAAACCCUGGGAGGCUGUUAGGUGCUAAGAGUAUUUUGGUAAUAUUUGGAGAAAUUAGUUGGGGUUUUCAGAGGGGCUGGGAAUGCUUCCUCCCUGCUUACUUGAAAUCACAGAAUACACACUCCCCCUGUUUUCAGGAUGGAUUGGAUUCUGACACAAAGGAUACCUGUAAUGGUAGCUGCCAUUAUUGAGCACCUACUGUGUGCUGAGUUCCACAUUAAGCAUUUCACAUACGUUACCCACGUGCCCUCUCAACAGCCCUGCAGUGUGGGCACCCAGCAUCUUCUGGGGCUGUUCUGAUGCUGAGAGGGGCCAGGUUUGGGGAUGAGGGAACCAGAGGGGGCGAGGUCAGAUGUUGACCUUCCCGUGGCAGCUACGGAUGGGGCAGUUGCCAGAGUUGAGACUGAUGAAAUGAAACCAUUGUUGCAGGGUCUGGAAGUGGGGAGAGGGCGGGACCUGGGGUGAGGACGGCCCAGUGCUGAGCUCUCAGGACAGCUGUGCAGGCUCCGACCAGAGCACGCAGGGGCUGGCGGGGGAGACUGGGCAGGGCUGGAGCUGUAGUAACCUGGCAGAGAGAGGGUCAGCCUGGCAGCGAGGACCUGAGGCUCAGGUGUGACCCUGGAGAGACUGAUGGUCAGGGCCGGACCUACCUGGACCAGGGCCCUGCCCUCCAGCUGAGUCCACUAUCUGGUUGCUGGGGUCUGGGUGGAGGUCUGACCUGGCAACCUAGGGUUAAAAGGUUGCUAAUCUGACCUGGGCGGGGGGCGGAGGAUGGGCAUCAGUCCUGCCACGUGACCACCACUGUGAGCCCACCAGGCCCACUGCCAAGAGAGCAUGAGUGAGCAGGAGAGGGAGACAGAGGAGGAGGAGGGAGGAGGCGCUUCAGACACAGCACCCAUGCUGCCCCGAAGGCUUCCUGACCGCCAGGCCUCAGACCUGAUGUCCCCAGGGUGGGCAGGCCUGGCUGCCCAAGGCCUGGGGGUCCUGCUGCUGCCGGGUCGGGCCCUGGCUGGGCUCGUGCUCCACCUGCUGCUGCCCGCAGCCGUGUUCCUGCUGCUGCUGCUGCCCGCAGCCACCACUGUGUACCUGGGAUUCCUGUGCCACUCAAGGGUCCACCCGGCGCCCCGCCCUGCGUGCCGCGCGCUGCUGUCCGACCGCGGCUCCGCAGCGCUCAUCGUGUCGGGAUUCCUCUCGCUGCCUCCGCUGCUGGUGCUCGCCUCGGCCGCCCGCUCCCGCCUGGCCCGACGCCUCCGCUCGCUGCUGCCACCCCCGACCUGGAGUCCCGGACCCUGCCGCCACCCCGACGGGGAGGAGCAGCUCUAAGCCUGGGUGUGA